AGAUUGUAAAAGGAAGUGCUGUUCAUUCUGGGCAGGCAUGUUUGGGGAGGGCUCCCACCUCCCAGUCCUCGGAAGGAGCCUGCUCCUGCCUCUCCGGUGGUCAGAUUAGCCUGAGGCAGCCCCUCCACAGGCCUCCCCUCUGGCCUAGAGGCUCUGCUUGUUUUCUCAUCCUCCCGAGGAGAGCAAGGCGAUGGGUCUGCCCCUGCUGCUGCUCCUGCUGCUGCCCCUGCUGCCGCCAGCAUCUCUGCAGGCUGGUGGCUCAGCAAAAUGCACUUCAAACCUUGAUUAUGAAGUCAAACAACCAGAGCACCUCUCAGCCCCUGAGGGUGGCUCCAUCGACAUCCCCUUCUCCUUCUGUUACUCCUGGGAGUUAGCCAGUGAUCCCAAAGUGGGUAUAUCCUGGAGAUGGAGAGACUUCCAUGGAGAGUUCAUCUACAACACAACCCUGCAAUUCACCCAUGAGGAUUUUAAAAACCGCCUCUCCCUGAACUGGACAAAGGGCCAGAGGAACGGCUCCCUCCGGAUCUCUAACCUGCGGAGAGAGGAUGAAUGUAGCUACUUCGGCCGAGUCCAGUUGACCACACGGAACGAAGGCAAGAAGGUGUGGCAGUCCAUCCCAGGGACCAAACUCACCAUCACCACAGCCACUGAGAAAACCACCAAGGACCCCACCAGCACCACCAGCACCACCAGCACUACCACCACCACUGAUGGCCUAGGUGUCUCGGGGGACAAAUGGACAUCAGGGUCUAGGCCCCUGGCUCCAGGAGCGAUAGUUGGGGUGGCACUGGCGGGUGCCGUGCUCAUAAUCACAAUUUUGGGAUUGGCAGUCUACCUCAGGUGGAGGAGAAGCAAAGAGUUUUCAUUCCCAGUGAUUAAAAAAAAUAAUGUCCAAGGUAUGGCAGAGUGGAGUGGAGGUCACUGGAGUUGGGGGAUGGGUGAGUCCAGUGCCUGAGAGGAUGGUCCCUGUGGAUGAUGAGACCUCACAGGAAGGUGGGCAGCGGUGGAGAGGAUGUGUGUGAACCAGGGCCAAAUGCUUGGGAAAUGCUGUAGAGAGAUUUGAGAAGGAGGUGGUGGGGGAGAGUGCAGGGAGGUGGGGAGGAACAACAGAGUCCUCGGUGGAAGAGAGGGACAGGCUGCAGUGUAAACACAGAUUCCAGCCUUGAGGUUCAGAGGUAGGAGAGAGAAACAGCCACCACUCAAAGGAAAGCAUAAGAAGCUGGUUUGUCACAGCAGGAGGAGCGAUGGUGCCUGAGGGGGGGAAGGGAGGGAAGGUGGGCCAGGCUCAGCAGUGGAAGGAGAAGGUUGAGGGAUUGCAAGGAGUUGAAGGAAAGAGGAAGGAAGCAGAGGGAAAGUUAGGGAGAGAGGGGAGGGUGAAGGGGGCACAGGGUGCAGAGAAGAGCUGCUCUCCUGAUUUGGUGUUGAGGACAAAAGCAGGAGAGGUGUGGGCAGCCUCAGGAUGCCAGCUGGUGCCACUCUGAGUCCUAGGCCCUUCCAACAGGGGUUUCAGCAGAGCUGCUUUGCUGCCCUGGUUUAUCCAAGGAUGGUCUCAGAGUAGGAUGAAGCAGAAAGGCAGGAGGAGAGAUGCUGUUCAUGGAUGGCACACUGACAUGCUGUUGGU